AUGGCGCCUAGGAAGAGGAAGAACGGCGAGCCAGCGACUGCCCUUGUGGAAAAGGUCGAGGCACACGGCACUAUUGAGGUCACCCUGGCAGAGUCAGAACCGGUCAAGAUCAAUAACGCCCACUUGCGGGAAGUGAAGGAUGCGCUUGACGGUGCUCUGAUCGAGAGGACGAGAGAUGCUUACCCGCCCGGACCAGUUCAAGCAGAACCAUCGACACGUCGUGCAAUUACAUAG